ACUUACCUGACCUUAAAACAACACGGAGAAACAGCUUCCACUAUCCUGAUAGAAGAGCAAGUUGAGGAUAAAGUGUGGCCAGGAUCAACACACACUUAGUGUGACGCUGCAGCUGGAAAUAUUUUUUCCCUUGAACUUUUCUAGAUAGUCAUUUUGCCUCCUUUUGAGGAUCACCAGCUCAUCCUUGAUGGCCUUUCAAGAACUUCUGGAUCAAGUUGGAGGCCUGGGGAGAUUCCAGAUCCUUCAGAUGGUUUUCUUUUGUAUCUCUAGCCUCAUAGUGUACCCUCACAUCCUACUGGAGAACUUCACUGCAGCCAUCCCUGGUCAUCGCUGCUGGGUCCACAUCUUGGACAAUGACACUGACUCUGCGAAUGACACUGGGACCCUCAGUCAAGAUGCCCUCCUGAGAGUCUCCAUCCCACUGGACUCAAACCUGAGGCCAGAGAAGUGUUGUCGCUUCAGCCACCCCCAGUGGCAGUUCCUUCACCUGAAUGGGACCUUCCCCAACAUGACUGACCUGGACACAGAGCCCUGUGUGGAUGGCUGGAUGUAUGACCGAAGUUCCUUCUCCUCCACCAUCGUAACUGAGUGGGACCUGGUAUGUAAAUCUCAGUCACUGAUCUCAGUGGCUAAAUUCCUAGUCAUGAGUGGAAUUCUGGUGGGAGGCAUCAUGUAUGGCUCUUUAUCAGACAGGUUUGGGAGGAAGUUUAUAAUCAGGCUGUGUUUCCUCCAGCUUGCCAUUGCUGACACCUUUACAGUCAUUGCCCCCAACUUCCUCAUUUACUGCUCACUACGUUUCUUGGCUGGAAUGUCUGCUACGUGCCUCCUGACAACUAAUGUUUUGCUCACACUGGAAUGGACAGAGCCCCGAUUCCAAGCCAUGGCAACUACACUGUUGAUGGCGGCCACUAGUCUGGGACAGACAAUCUUGGGAGGCCUGGCUUUUGCCAUUCGAGACUGGCACACUCUCCAGCUAGUGAUGUCUGCACCAGUCUUUGUUUUAUUUCUGACCUCAAGGUGGCUGAUAGAAUCUGCUCGGUGGUUGAUUAUUAUAGACAAACCCCAAAAGGGCUUAAAGGAACUUCAAAAAGCGGCACACAGAAAUGGAAGGAAGAAUGCUGGAGAAACCCUAACCAUGGAGUUUGUUUUGUUGAAGGUCCUGAGAUCCACCAUGCAGGAGGAGCUGGAGGCAGCACAGACCAAACCUUCUGUGUUUGACUUGUUCCGCACACCCAACCUGCGUAAAAGGAUCUGUCUCCUGUCCUUUGUGAGAUUUGCAAACGUGCUGACCCAUUUUGGCCUGACUCUCCACCUCCAGCACUUGGGGAGCAAUAUUUUCAUGUUCCAGAUUCUCUUUGGCAUAGUCACCAUCCCAGCCAAUUACGCUGCUCUUUUGGCCCUGAAUCACCUGGGCCGUCGAAUAACCCAGAUGCUUUUCAUAUUUCUGCUGGCAGUCUCCACUCUAACCAUCACAUGCAUGUCUGAAGAAAUGCAGGCCCUGCGUAUGGCUUUGGCAGCUUUAGCAACAGGAGUUUCUUUUGCCACAUUUGCCAGCAAUUUUUGCCAUGGAAGUGAACUAAUUCCUACUGUGCUCAGGGUAACAUCUGUGGGAAUCAUGGGAAUUGCUGCUAAUACUGGGGCAGCCCUGGCUCCCCUCUUGAUGAUCCUAACUGUGUAUUCCCCUCACCUACCCUGGAUCAUCUACGGAGUCUUACCCAUCCUCGCUGGUCUUGUUAUCCCACUCCUUCCUGAAACCAAGAAUAAGCCUCUGCCCGACUCCAUCCAGGAUGUGGAAAAUGAGGAAAAAAGGUCAAGAAAAACAAAGCAGGAAGAUACUUUCAUGAAAGUGACACAGUGUUAAGGGAUUCCUGGAAUGAACUGCUCAUCAAAGAGGAAGAAAAAAUUGGUGUCUUUCCUAUUAAAAAAAUUGAAAAAUAAAUAAAACAAAAGAUACAAUAAAAACGUAGAUCCCA